GAUGCUGGUGGUGGGGAGUUCAUCAUAAAAGAAACUACUUCUCCAACCACCACCUUCAGUUUAAUUUCCGACUCAUCGUGUGGAGUCUUUUGUGAUUUUUAUUAAUUUUAUUUUUUAUUUUAUUUCCACCAAACUAACUCCCAGGAAGAGCAAUGAAACUACUGUUGUGUGGAUUAUUCUUGGCAACUCUUGCCACCUUCACAUUUGCAAAUUAUGGACACUAUGUACCGAGGGCGGCAUUUACUGUGGAUGAGCAUGGACACUUACUGAACUAUUUCCCUCUCCAUCCAGAAACGAUGAGCAGAUUCAAGCGAUCUGCACAAGUGUCUUCGUCCUCGGCAUCUGCUUCAGCCAGUUCUUCCUCCGGCAACGGAUCACCAAUUUACUUCACAAACCCUUAUGCUGGUCAGCCUUUUAAUCCUGGCUUUGCUGCUCCAUUUGGUCACCAGCAAACUUUUGUGGCUAAUCCAGGAACCACCUAUACAGGGACUUCAAGUUCUUCGGGCAUCUCAGCCGGACCUAGUGUCCUUCAUUCGCGUUUCGGCGAAGAAGAGACUCCAGUACGAGUUCAGGGCUCUACAUCCACCAUUACCAGCCAAAAUGGUCAGUUUACUCAUACACAGUCCCACUUAGGAGAGGACGGCAAAGUUCACUUCACUGUGGCCUCAGGAAAAUUCUAGAACACUCCUGAUUUUAUCAAAUAUUUUAUUUAAAUAAUUGUUGUACUAAUGCAUUUCACCUAAGUGGAUAAGUAUAUAAAGAUUAUCUGAAAGAUUUUACAGG